AUGAAUCCCACUUAUUCCGUUCCUCAGACAGGGAUAGAUGAACGCUCAGAGCGGCGGCUGAACGCUCAGCAUUACGGCAUCAAAGACUUCUUUGGUGUAAACAACUGUGGUGCUCCUUGGCCUACGCAUCCGAAGCCGAUCCUCGAGAUCGGUUCUGGGAACGGCGUGUGGGCAAGGGAGGUCUGCGAACAGCUCCCAGAGGCAGAGGUCGUCGGGGUGGAUAUCGUUGACGGACUGAGGUCUAAGCCUCCAAACUUCACAUUUCGGCUCCUUAAUCUCGUCAAAGACCCUUGGCCCUUCUCGCCUGGUUCUUUCGACAUUGUCCACUGCCGAUAUGUUACCAUGCAUAUCCCAAACUGCAAGCAAUUGCUCGACAAUGCCAUUGAAGCAACCGCACCAGGAGGCAUCCUCAUGUUCGAAGAUCAAGACCAGCAACUGCGAGCGGAGGGCAAGCCUGUAUCAUAUCCAGCCGUUCUCGCUUUCACCAUAUUUCGCGGGUACUGCGAAUCAUGCGGUGUCAAUCCUCGUCCCGGUGCGCUAUUAGCACCUAUGAUUAUUGCCAGUGGACAGUUCUCCGAGACGCACGAGACGAUCGUUCCGGCACCUAUGGGCCCCUGGACUGAAGAUAAAAAGCUGCACGUCAUCGGAGAAGGCAUGCGGACUGGAAUAAUCGAAGCCGCCCGAGCGUUUAGUCCAAAGGUGUACGAGUUUGGUAUGACCAAAAGCAUCGUCGAAGGAAUGGUCAGAGAAUUGGAGAACCCGGAGAACAAGAUAUACGCGAACGAGUACCUCGUCUGGGCAAGGAAAAAGCCCGAUCAUCUGUAGAAAGGUUUGAAAUUGUACAAGAUCAUACAUUUUACAGUUGCAUUCCAAAAUAGUGAAUCGUC